CCCGCCUAAUGCUCGUCGCCAGUCCGCCCCCAUGGAAGGAAAGAAGAUUCCUGGCCUUCCAGAUAUUGUCGGGCGUCCCGAGCUAUCUAGAUGGUCUUCUACUCGGAACGAUGCCACCACCCCGUCCACUCUGAACGACACCAGCGGUGCGCAGCCAGGGUCCGUUCCUCAGACCCCUAGUGUUCUCGCGGAGGUUCGUAACCUUCGGAGUUUUGGUCCUUCAAGAACACUGGAAGCCAGCGGCGAGCCAGGAGAUGAAGAUAUUGACGAUGGGGGUUUGACACGGUCCCAGACCUGGCCUCCGGUCGACCCGAGCACGGCAGCCAAUUCUGAGAUUGACAUAGAUGACUUGGCGCGGUCGACUGGACAACAGGACCCUUCGCGACCGAACACGGCCGAGUCUUCGCAAGGGCAACCUGGAUGGGGAGGGAAAGAGGGAAUUGAGAAAGAGGAUAGGGGGGGGGAGUCUCAGGAUAAGACUAUUGUAUCGGAAACAGAGUAUCCUGCAGAAGAGAGUCAAAAAGAGUCAGUCCAUUCCGAGGAAGCCGCCACAGUAUUUACAACUUCCGAAGAACCCAUCACAACAUUUACUGAGAACGCUGAGGAGGCAAUUAUCCAACCUGGCUACCACAACAAUCUACCGACCGAAUCUCAAACCCAAGUACCUAUCAAAAACCCCACACCCGAGCCUAUCACCACUGAACAUCAACCAGAAUCCAUCGUCACAACAAAUCACUCACCCAAACUUUUACCGCCAUUUGAACCAUUGCCAUCUAUUGAACCGUUGGUUUCACAUACAUCUACCUCUGAAUUUCCACAGCGGUUAUCAUAUAUACCACAGCUACCUGAACCGGGGGAAACCAAACAACUACACACUGCCAUCCCCCCGUCGCCGCAGUCACAAGUGCAAGAGGUGAAAGAAACAUCGCCUGAAGCCGAGAUCCCAACAGAGGGAAUACCUACACCGGUGUACACGCCUGAAUUUGAACUCGAACCUACGCUAGAAUCCGAACUUGAAGCCGGGCCUGGACAACAAACAUCGACCAAUUCUUCAUCAGCCGAAAACCUCAACGUUUCAAUAGAAGCAGAUCCCGACUUCCAGGUCUCCGUUAGAAAGGUAUCCAACGAGUCACACCCCCGUCGGGAUAGUAUUGAAAUCAGCGUUUCGAGACCAGGCCCCUUUGUAUUGAGAGAAAGGAGGUCACGAACAAACAUUCACACACAGCCGUCGCUUGACUCGCUACUUAGUAUUGGAAGUUUUGUUGAGGAUAGUAGGGCUCCUUCUCCGGUCAUUAGCGAGACGAGAGAACGGGACUCCGUGCUUUUUAGGGACGAGUUACCCGAGAUCUGUGCGGAGGGAAGUCCUGAGAGGAGUAAGGAGGAGGCGGUAGGAAGUGCUUAUCAGAGUCUCUUUGGCGGCCCUAGUGAGAGCACUGCGACUGUCGCUGUUACUCCGAGUACUAGCGCUGGAAGGGAUAGAGCGGUUUCAGAUCCGUUUACUACUAAGGAUAUACACACCGCCGCGCCGCAAGAGAAGGAGUAUAAGAUUUCCACAAAGCCACUUGAGAAACCAUAUUAUUCGGAGAAACACGAGAAUAAUAGAAAAGAGGAAGAACAAGCUCUCGAUACACCCGCCAAACCGUUCGCUAAUAAGAAGCUCCCCACAAUCCUCGAAGUCCGAAAGGCCCCUACAGAAGUUCACCCACCAACGCCUACUCGUACCACCAGCGCCCGAGAACGCAAGUUCAUUUCAACAGAAGACCUCAUCGCUCGUCUCACCGGACAAACCACCAGCCACGAACUACGUAAGUCCCGCAGCUCCGGUUUACAGCGGAUCAAAAUCCCAGGUGAAGACCCAAUGGAUAUACUCAAGCGCGGCGAGCGCCGGAGGACCAUCUCCCCGUCGCUACGGCGGGUAGGCAGCCAAAUUGACAGCCCGCGCGCCUCUGGCGAGCACGUGAUCUUCAACGGGGAGCGGUAUGGCACUCCAGAUAAGGGGAAAGCGAGGGAUAUCACCAACUCAGAGUACUACGAAGCCUGGGGCGACAGGGAUGGCGAGCCCAAGAGUCCUACACGACCACCGAGUAUCCGCCGAAGGCAGAGCAUGCAAAUUGUGGACCUCGAGAACAGACUCCAGGCCCUAGCAACUGAGAAUACAGACCUUACGCACGACAAGGCGAAUGUCGAGAAGAGCCUUAAUGAAGCCAUCGCCCGUGGGAAGAGUGAGGCGAAAGCGUUGAACCUUGAUCUUGAGGAGAAGAAAGCAUUGUUGGAAGAGAAGGAUAGUCAGAUUGAAGAGCUGCAGAGGAAGAUCGAGUGGUAUCGGACGGAAGUCACAAGGUUAAGUCAGACGAACGAUUCCCUGAACCAGACGAAUACUGCCCUCUCGACGAGCUACAAGUUGAGCUACGCCGCGCUCAAGGCCAAGUACGAUAGGAAGCAGGAGGCCAUGCUCAAACUCUCGGACGAGCACUUGGAGCUUCAGCGCAACUUCACGGAGAUGCAGACGGGCAUGGAAUCUAUCAUCCGCACCGAGUUAUCCGAGAAGGACGCCGAACUUGAGCGCCUGCGCGUUGAACUGGAACGGGCUAGGGAGGAAGUGCGAAAGUUGCAGAACAAGCUCUCCGCGCGGCAGACAAACAAGUACGUUGACACCAAGGACAUCGCGUACUUCAACUCCUCCUGCAAGAAUAUUUUCCAGUCGGUCAAGAUCUUCUGCAAGCAGUUCUCGUCCUUCUCCACCGGGAAGAAGUGCGUUCAUGUCCAUAGGAUCACGGACGAGACUAUCAGGGAUCGGGUCGAGGCGGUCAUGUUGGACGAUAGGGGUGUCAGGAGGAUGUUGAAAGAAGAGAAGAGGAGGCCGGAGGUGUUUAUGGCCGUUGUCAUGAGAAUGGUCUGGGAGUUGGUCUUUACAAGAUAUUUGUUCGGCUUGGAGGCCGAGGAGAGAAGGAAAUUGCUCUCCCUGGAGAAGAUUCUCACUGACAUUGGUGCCCCUGCCGCCGUUCAUCAAUGGCGCGCAACAACCCUAACCCUCCUCUCCCAACGCCCAGCCUUCCCGCCAAAGCGCGAUGCAGACAUCGAGUCCGUCGUAGCCACAAUCCUAAGCCAACUCUCAACCCUCCUCCCACCCCCACAACAAUAUACCCAACUCGCCCACUCAAGCCUAACCUCUAUCAUAACCUCGGCGGUAAGCUUAGCAAUCGACAUGCGCACCCAACGCGCGGAAUACGUAAUGCUCCGCCCACCAGCGCCCACAUACGACGAGAAUGGCGACGUGAACAACACUGUCCCCUUCAUCUCCUCCCGCAUGGCGAACCGUGGCUCCGACCCCGCCACGGACGCGGAGCUGGAGGCCGAGGGCGCAACCGUGAAGGCUAUUCUCUUCCCCAUGGUUAUCCGCCGUGGCGAUGAGUACGGGGAGAGGUACGAGCGUGAGAGCGUGGUCCUGAAAAUGCAGGUACUCGUUAACCGACCGCAGUUGAGGAGUGAGAGCCGCGCGGGUGCCCGGCCCGGGAGGGAGAGCGGGGAGUUGGGCGGGUUGGGCGGAGUCAAUCGGUUGACGCCCAUUACCGAUGCUAGUCCCCGCACGACGCCCGAGAAGACCCGGAUCUCGGAGGUGACUGGGUUGCCGAAAAUCCCGGAGAGCACUAUUCGCUUGGUCAGUGAGGAUGAGGGGAAUGCUAAGAUCGAGAGGAUGCAGAGAAGGAGGACUAGUAGGAGAAGUGGGAGUGGGAGCGGGAGGGAAGCGAGUGCAUGACGCUUGAGCGUUCGCUUCUAUAGGGGGCAUUUUUUUCCCACAAUUUUUGGUCUUGCGUUUUUUUAUCUUGGUGUUUUUGUUUUGCCAUCGCGCCCUUGCUUAUUAUUGCUGCUACGUUAACUAAAAUAGCCCCACCAAAAAAAAGGAAAAAAGGAAAACCAAAAAAAAGCUUUUUCUAAAACCUAGUUUCUUUCUAUUUUGCCUUUUUCUUUUUUGUUUUCGCUUUGCUUUGCUUUUUGUUCAAGUUAUCUUAAACGUGUCGGAGUUUUUACUUGACUUUUUUAUCAAUCCCUUACUCGUUCAUCCAUUCACGUCCGCGGCUCAUGUAUGACACUAUGUAUCCUAAUAGCCGUCGCUGUCCGGUGUCCGGGCUUUUGUUUCUGGGAGUGAUAUACACCAUUUUCAUUUUUCCUAUUUUUUUUUCUUUAUUUUAGUUUUUCGUUAUAUGAUAAUUUAUAUAUAAUUCAA